AUGCCGGACACCUUCAGUGGCUGUGCACAAGUGAAAGCUGUACACGCUUCUGCUUUACUGGGCACCGCUAUCGUUGCCGUUGUUGAUCAAUACAACCGAUCACAAUUACUACGUGCUGUAUUGGAUUGUGGCUCCAUGAGAUCGAUUAUCACUACCCGAGCUGCCCAGCAACUUGGUAUCACCAUCAUGCCCACACGCAUUCAGAUUAAUGGUAUCUCUGAACAAGCGACCGCUGUAAAAGGUACCACUCAUUUGACACUGCUAUCUCGACCGCAGUUUAACACCUUUCUCCAAACUGAAGCCCUUGUCUUAGAGCAAAUAGCUGGUGACCUACCCGCUUUUCCAAUCAGCAGUGAGCUCAAAACCUCACUUUCACAUUUGGAUCUCGCUGACCCUGGUUUUGACCAACCCAAUAGGAUAGACCUCUUGAUUGGAGCUGACAUUUAUCCUAAUGUAUUUGUUUCUUCCGCCAAUGCUAUUAUACCAGGAAAUCCCGCUGCCUUCGCCACUAUAUUUGGCUAUGUUCUGAGUGGAAAGCUAAAUAUUGAGGACUCGCCUGCUCCGCUUCAUCAGAUGCAACUUAUCUGCACCAUGUUUGCCCGCGAAGAACCGCUUGCUGAGGUCAUGAACAAGUUUUGGGAGACUGAAGAUGUCCAAAUAAAUGCGAAACUCUUAUCACCUGAAGAUGAACUCUGUGAACAGCUCUAUGAGUCCACUACCUACCGCAAUGAUGAAGGCAGAUAUGUAGUCGCACUCCCCUUCAAGCCUAGCGUGCCUGUUCUUGUUUCAAACCGCAAGCAAGCUUACCGAAGUCACCUUGGAUUAUUAAAACGCUUGGAAAAUUCUUCGGAACUAAAGAAGAAAUACGACAACUUCAUGACAGAAUAUCAUGAGCUUGGCCAUUUGGAACUUGCCAAAUCCGCUUCUGACUAUGUGAUUCCACACCAUGCAGUUUUUAAAAAUAAGGACCCCACUCAGAAAAUCAGGGUGGUGUUUAAUGCUUCCAGCAAGGAUACCAAUGGGCAUUCACUAAAUGAGAAUUUGUUACCAGGGCCAAAACUGCAGUCCAAUAUUAUUCAAGUAUUGACCAAAUUCCGCACUUACAAGUACAUUGUCCUUUCUGAUUGCAAGCAGAUGUAUCGCCAGAUUUUGUUAAGGCCUGAAGACUGCCGUCACCAACAUGUUUUUUGGAAACCUAAUUAUCAUGAACCUGCAAAAGAAUUUGAACUUAAAACCGUAACCUAUGGGCUUACUUCCAGUGCUUAUUUAGCGCAAUGCACAUUGCAACAACUUGUCAAGGAUGAAGGAGAAGCAUUCCCUCUGGCAAGUAAAGUUUUAACAAGUCAAACUUAUGUUGAUGACCUGCUGGGAGGAAGUAACAAUUUUUCUGAAGCACAAACGCUUAUUUCUGAACUGAUUGAGUUAUUGUCGCUUGGCUCCUUUGAACUUCGGAAAUGGAACUCUAAUACUCCUGAAUUGAUUGCUAACUUGCCUGCAGAAUUUUUGGAAAAUCAAGAUUGUAUGUUUGAUGACAACGCUACUGCAAAAGUUCUUGGAAUUGUCUACAGCCCGCUCGCAGACAACUUUCGCUAUUUCAUUUCUCCUUUUAAUGGGCAAAUCACUAAAAGAACCGUUCUAUCAUUCAUCGCUCGAGUCUACGACCCCCUUGGGUGGCUCACUCCUCUCAUAAUGCUGUUCAAGCUAUUCAUGCGCACGCUGUGGUCUCAGCAAUUAGCUUGGGACACUGAGGUUCCAGCCUCACUUCGAGCUCAUUGGGAGCUGAUUACCGCUGAAAUUUCCCGUUUGGACAAUGUUGUAAUCCCACGUUUACUCGCCUGUAACCGCUCUACUACCCGGCUGCUUGGAUUCGCCGAUGCCUCCGAAAAGGGGUUUGCUGCUUGCAUAUAUAUUCAUGAAGAGACUGAAAAUAGAUAUGUUAACUGCCGUCUCAUAGCCGCCAAAAGUCAUGUCGCCACACUACCAAUGCGUUUCGUUGUCUCGCCACUGACUUUCCCGUGUCCAAUCAUCUUGUUUCCAACAUUGUACCUGAGAUGA